AACAAUACAAUUUCCCCACAGGUCUCUUAAUAUGGACUUUGAAAAUCAAGAUAAGGAGAAAGACAAUAACAAUUCUUCUGGAUCUUUCAAUAGCAACAGCACCAAUAAUAGUAUCCAAACUAUUGACUCAACCCAGGCACUGUUCCUUCCAAUUGGAGCAUCUGUCUCUCUCCUAGUAAUGUUCUUCUUCUUUGACUCAGUUCAAGUAGUUUUUACAAUAUGUACAGCAGUUCUUGCAACGAUAGCUUUUGCUUUUCUUCUUCUCCCGAUGUGCCAGUAUUUAACAAGACCCUGUUCACCUCAGAACAAGAUUUCCUUUGGUUGCUGUGGGCGUUUCACUGCUGCUGAGUUACUGUCGUUCUCUCUGUCUGUCAUGCUCGUCCUCAUCUGGGUUCUCACUGGCCAUUGGCUUCUCAUGGAUGCCCUGGCCAUGGGUCUCUGUGUUGCCAUGAUAGCCUUUGUCCGCCUGCCCAGCCUCAAGGUCUCCUGCCUGCUUCUCUCAGGGCUUCUAAUCUACGAUGUCUUUUGGGUGUUUUUCUCUGCCUACAUCUUCAAUAGCAACGUCAUGGUGAAGGUGGCCACGCAGCCGGCUGACAAUCCCCUUGACGUCCUAUCCCGGAAGCUCCACCUGGGGCCCAAUGUUGGGCGUGAUGUUCCUCGGCUAUCUCUGCCUGGAAAACUGGUCUUUCCGAGCUCCACUGGCAGUCACUUCUCUAUGUUGGGCAUUGGGGACAUCGUGAUGCCUGGGCUCCUGUUGUGCUUUGUCCUUCGUUAUGACAACUACAAAAAACAAGCCAGUGGUGACUCCUGUGGCGCCUCUGGACCCGCCAACAUCUCUGGACGCAUGCAGAAGGUCUCCUACUUCCACUGUACCCUCAUUGGGUACUUUGUAGGUCUACUCACUGCUACUGUGGCAUCUCGCAUUCAUCGAGCAGCCCAGCCCGCCCUUCUCUAUUUGGUGCCAUUUACCUUAUUGCCACUCCUCACAAUGGCCUAUUUAAAGGGUGACCUACGGCGGAUGUGGUCUGAGCCAUUCCACUCCAAAUCCAGCAGCUCACGAUUCCUGGAAGUAUGAUGGAUCCCAGAGAGUGAGCAGAAUGGCCAUCUUAGUCCCUUCCUGUCAACGCGUGGUUUUGUUUCCUCUUAGAGCCAGCCCGGUACUCAGAGAUCUACCUGUUUAUGGAACUGACGUGUGACUGAAUUUCCAUUUGCAGGGAGCUUGUUUGCAGGAGCGAGGUGCUGGAACCCAGCUUCGUUCCCUCUCUUCCUACCACUGGAGAAGGGGAGCCCCUCCUGAGGUGACACGCCCUCCCCCACACUCCUUCUCCCCCAUUUUUAUGGAUCUGCACCAGACUGUUACCUGUGGGGGAUGGAGAUGUGACUAUUUAAAACUGACAACGGCAAGGAGUUGUUCCCUACCUUUUGAACACUAAACGGAUGAAAAACAUUAGCAAAGCGAAGUUUCUUCAGUGAACCCUCAAGAACUUUGGGACCAGUUUCCUGUGGGGGACUCAGUUUCUGAGAACUGAGACAGAGCUCUUCUGUCAUUAUAUUCUUUCCUUUUUUUGGAUUUAUUAAAUAUUUUCUGUGGUGUGAAAUGACUUAUUAAAUCCACAGACAUUGAGUGACUUCUUACAACAUAUACAUAAGAACUUGUUGUAAUGAGUUCAUGUCCACCCAGAUGUCAUGUUGGCAGUGAAUGAGGGCAUGGUUUUUAUACAUACACACACAUGUGCGUGCACAUAGAUAUAUAUGAAUAAACAAAAUAAAAACUGCUAAGAUCAUGCUGUGUAGCAGACAGGGACUUGCUGUAAUUUUUAGCAUGUAGAGCAGUUACUCUGGCUUCCUUGUAUAUGGAUAAGCUGCUGUCUUCCCCUCCACAACUGAACGUGCAGUUAAAAACCAGUAUAGUAUUUGUACUGAUAUACUCAUGGACUUCAGGGGACACCCAUUUGGUUUUGGUCAGUGUAGCAAAUUAGGGAUGAAACAUUAAAACUUUUUGGCCCUUCUUUUGUUUCUACAGUCUUCUCCCUUGCAGGGUUUUUAGUAGUUUCUUCUUGAACCAGUGCAUGUAUUAUAUAGCAGCAGGUGUCUUUGUGCUUUCUGAUCAUAGUAAUGUACUACUUGUAAAUACAUUUUUCUAUUUUCUAUUUUUUUGUGAUUUUUUUUUUGGCAUUUGAUUUCACUGGUGUGCUGUAUCUUUCCAUGCCCUCACUCCUUUAAGGAAAAAAAAGCAACAUAAUCCUGUCCUUGCUGUUGUGAUUAUAGUGUUGGUUUACCUGUGCUGACAGCUGCAUAUUGGGGACAAAUGUCAAAUGCCCUUCUGAAAUGAGCCCUGCAUUCCAGGAAUGGCAGAAGGAACGAGCUGCUCUGUCCCCUUAGAUCUGACCAUGUGCUGUGGUCUGUGUUGGAGAGGCAGCGGCUUUCUGGUAGUAAGUAGGUGAUAAUGUCAGCUUGCCUUUAUCUGUGCAGCCUCUGCCUGACCAAAAAUUACCCCUUGUUCAAAGGCAGAGAGAAGCCUGGAUACCUGAUGGCACGCGCUGGUGAAGGGCCUGUGUGUCCUGCUUCCUCAUAAGCAGGUGACCUGCCUUUGCCUUGCCCUGUGUAAAAGCUGUGGUGCUUUGGUUCCCGUUGUGUGAAGUCACUGAAGCUAGUGCUCACAGACGGUGCACAGUGAGUUUUCAAGGGAGUGUGAGGGGGUGGGGGUGGUGCACUUCUCUGUUGUGUCUUCAAAUCCUGCUGAGGGCUGUUUUGUUUUUUGUUUUGUUGGUUCUUUGGGGAUUUUGUUUUUGUUUUUUAAAUAAAUGACUCCUUUCUA